AUUUGUCAUACUUUGAGUCUUGACAAGUUCGAUUUGAAUAAUCUCAUUACAGUAUUAUAUCAUUUUACUUUGUUCCAUUCAAAAGUAAUAAAAAAAUUACCCUUCAUACUUUAUCCUAACCCUUACUACUGUAACCGGUGAAAAGUUUAUGAACAAAACCCCGCAAAAACCGGUAUUCAUUUGUUCAUAAUUAAUCUUUGAUAAAAAGCAAUGGCAAACCUUGCACUAACUGUUCUUUCGAUGACAAUUGGAUUUUUUUUCCUUAUUGUUGGUAUAAUCAAAUUGAGUCCUAUACUCAAUGACGAUAUUUACAAGGACCAGAGAAAAGCUUUUAUUAAAUUUGUAAAAGUAUUUCCUUUUUACCGCCAAACGGGAUGGAAGCCGGAUCCUCAUGUCUAUCGCCGUGUUAUUGGAAUCCUAGAAGUUAUUUGCGGUCUCAUUCUGGCUGUAAUACCGGGAACUUUAAAACAAGUUGCAAACGCAAUAUUACUUAUUAUAAUGAUUGGAGCUCUUUAUACAUCAUGGGCACUGAAAUUUUCAUUAGACAAAAUGACCCCGACGUUAAUAUUUGGUCUAUUGCUACUCUGUAGACUUAUUGUGUUUGCUCAAGUUCGCGCCAGAGAAAAGAGGCUACAAGUGGAAGCAGAGAAACAGAAAGAAGCAUGGGAAAAGAAAACUGAUUAAUUAACAAUCUCACCUAUUCAUUCUCAUAUUUAGGAUCAUCAUUCGAAAAAAUGUAGAUUAUAUUUUGUACUUAGACACUCGCAAAGUUAUUUUUUAAGUUUAAUUGAAUUUGUUAUGGUAGUCAUUUAAAAUGCCAGCGUGCUAAUACAAUGUGAAAUAUAUAAUUCUUCAAAUAUUUCGAUAAAUGUCGUGGUUCGGAUAAUAAAGAAGUGUGGUACAGUGUAACCGCAAAACUUCAAGGCCUACUAGUAUUUAUAGGCUGACCGAUGCUGACCUCUCACCAAUCGCUAAAUAAUU